UUCUUCUCUACCAUUUCAAUUUUCAAGCUUCUCAAUUUGGUUGCCGGCAAGAUACAGGAAAAGGAUUUUCCGUUUCUUCCCUUUCUUAGGUUACGGGGUGGAACGUUUGGUGGAUAAAUGGCGGCUAGUUUUGCCUCUAAAUGUUCCCGCGUGGGCCGCUCAUUGCUAGGAGGGCCUGGAAAUAACUUGUCUGGUUUGCAGAGUGCGUCGAAUGAGGUUGUGGGCAACAAUGUAUGGUCUCAGCAGCAAAGGACUUUCAUACAGAUGAGGACUGUUCUCAAAGUUGUGGACAACUCAGGUGCAAAAAAAGUUAUGUGUAUACAAGCUCUAAAGGGGAAGAAAGGAGCAAGACUGGGGGACACUAUAGUUGCAUCAGUUAAGGAAGCAAUGCCUAAUGGAAAAGUGAAGAAAGGAAAGGUUGUCUAUGGUGUGGUUGUACGGGCUGCCAUGCAGAGGGGUCGUUGUGACGGUAGUGAGGUCAAAUUUGAUGAUAAUGCAGUUGUACUUGUUGAUAAGCAAGGCCAGCCAAUUGGGACUAGAGUAUUUGGGCCUGUACCUCAUGAGCUAAGGAAGAAAAAGCAUGUCAAGAUCCUUACUUUGGCCAAGCAUAUUGCCUGAGAACCAACGGAGGAAGAAAUGGAAGAUAUCAGAAAGGCCCAUCCCCCUCAAAACAAGAGAAAAACCGGCUUUGAUGAUGGAAAUAAGCAUGUUGAUUGAGGUAGCAGAGGAAAGGUGCCAGGGGCGGCCUAAAGUUUAUGAAUAAUUUACAACUUUUUUGUUUGUGGGCUAUAAUCAAAUGAAAUGUAAGCUUAGUUGCAGUCAAUGGAGUACUAGUUUGUUCACAUGGCAGCAGUAAACGUUUUUUGGUUCAAGGAGUUAGCUAAA